ACAAGCUCGCAAAACGGUUUUCUUAGUCAUACCGAGUCAAGGAAGCUUCAAUUAAAAUGUUUAAGACAGCAUUACAUCUCAAAGACUUUCAUCUGCUCACAAACUAUUGGUCGUCUUGUUUUCACCUUCUUGAAUGAAUCGUACGAUCCUCUGCCUUGGUUUUUUCACGAUUAGCGGCAUCACCAUCACCAUCACCAUCAGGUUUUGCGUUGGUUGUAUUUGGUUGCCCAGAAAACGGAAAAGGAAACAAGUUUAAUGAAUUGCAGUUAAAUAUGGAUCAGGGGAAGAAACAAAUCUCCAUCGUCAGAAACAGCAAUAACAAGAUCUACUUGGAUCUCAAGGAUAUUGUACGGGAGCAUGUUCUUCAGUUCCUUCCAGCUAAAUCAAUUUUUCGGUUUACAGGAGUUUGUCGAGACUGGAAGUUAUUGAUCUCAACUCCUUUCUUUGCACACAACCAGUCGAACUGUUUCAGAAAAAUCUCAGGCUUCUUUUUUCAGUCCUCAACUGGUGAUCCAUCAUUUCUUUCACUCAAUCCAAUGGCCUAUGGUGUUCCAGACCCUUCUUUGAGGUUUUUGCCUGAAGCUGUUGACAUUAGGAGUUCUUCUAAUGGAUUACUUUGCUGCCAGGGUCGCACUGACUAUAAUGCUUACUACAUUUGCAAUCCUGUCACCAAAGAAUGGAAAAAGCUUCCUAAACCAGAGAAUUAUCAUGGCCCUGAACCUGCUGUUGUUCUCAUUUUUGAACCAUCAGUACUGAACUUUGUGGCUGAGUACAAGCUGGUCUGUGCCUUUCCAUCUGAACUUGAUGGAUAUGAAUUUGAGAUAUAUUCCUCUUCCGAAGGAUCCUGGAGAACUUCUGGUGAGAUUUUCCUUGGCAGUUGCAAGAUCCAGCCAAGUUCAGGUGUUCAUGCAAAUGGUAUUAUUUAUUGGAUGGCAAGGAAUAAUAAAAUUCUUGCUUUUGAUCUCACAAUGGAGCGGUCACAACUCUACUAUGGUGGUGGAACCUUGGGUGUGAUCAAUGGAAAACUUUGUGGGUUGUCUGUAUCCCAUCAGAGACUGUCAGUGAAAGUGUUAUCUAAUGCAUACACAAAUACAAUGCAAAUGCAUAGUAGUAUCAAGACAUGGGAAACACACAUUAUCACCUUAGAUAGUUCUGCUCUUGGUGGGGCUGUUUUUGAUCUAGAUAGUGUGCUGUAUGCACAAGAUGACAUUUUGGUGCUUCGGUCAGGGAGAACACUUUAUGCAUACAACAGGAAGACAAGAGAAGCCAAAAUCCUUAUGAGUGAUUCUUCUAUCACCAAUGGUAAGAUUGUUUCUUACGUGAAUAGCCUCGUUGAUAUCUAGUUAUUCUCUCUGCUUGCACUACCGCCAGGCCAUAAAUUUUACUUUAGAUGCCAUCAUUGUUGGGGACUUAAUAAUAUGUGUUUUGGUUAUCUUUAGUUAGAGCUUUUAUGUUUAAAGCAACAUUGCUUCUGGCGUUUGCUGAUAAAACUAUAUUAAAUAGGCUAUGCGGGGCAAUGUAAUAUUAAUGUUAUGAUUUUGGAUUUAUAUUGAUGUGAACUUGCAUGGAUAA